AUGAGCUUUCUACAGCAAACUCAGCAGCAGCAAUCGCUCGCCGUCGCGGCUGCGGCGGCUGUUGCAGCACUGCUCACCUCUCGGUUGCUCAGAAACCUGUUGUACACAGCCUCUUCUGCAACCAGCUCCUCUAAGAUUUCCCGUGCGUUGACGCAGUCCGGCUUGAAUGAAGAUCCCUCGCUCUUCGCACUCCAAGCUUUCACACGCCUCUGCGCCGCCUUCGGUCCUUCUGGUCUCAAUGCACCAGGCACGGCUCGUGGUGCUAUGAUCGCCAGCCCUUCCCGACCGGGAGAUCGAUGGAACAAGAAAGAUGAGAAUGACAACUAUUUUUUCCAGUGGCCACGCGAUUCGGGUAUCUCUGUUCGGAUCGUCGUACGGAGAUGGGCGAGAGCCCUGGAAGGACGGCAAGUUGGCAUGCCUGGUGUGCUAACCCCUUCGCCAAACCAUCUGUUCUUCAGCUUCGCACGCAUGAAUCACCACCUGCAGACGGUCGAGAGUCCCUCGGGAACCUUUGAGACAGGUGGCCUUGGCGAACCAAAGUUUCUUGUCGACGGAGAACCUUUCACGGGUUCAUGGGGAAGACCUCAGAAUGACGGUCCGGCCCUUCGCUCGCUAGCGCUCCUCUCGUAUGCUUCGCAGGUCAUCUCGCAGCUGCCACCUGACCACCCAUCGCGGGACUUUGUCUUUGAGGUCCUCUACAGUCUCCCGUCCCUUCGCGGUCAAGGAUCACCUGAAUCGCACCGCGUCAUCAACACCGACCUGGAUUACAUUUGUCGUGUUUGGCGAGAAGGAGGGUUCGAUCCCUGGGAGGAGGUGAACGCUGGUUACCCUGCAGAAAGCAGCAAGCCAGAGUCCUCUAUCGGCGGCCAUUUCUACGUUCUUAUGUGUCAACGCCAGGCGCUUCUACUCGGCACGAGAUUCGCUCGUUCUAUCCAUGAUGCUACAAGUUCAAAGCUUUGGGCAGACACCGCGAGGAAGAUUGAGGAGGCGCUGGAGGCGUUUUGGAACCCUACCGGCUCCCUAGGACUCGAAGGGGAUGGGACCGAUGGCCCGCUAAGCGAAGACGCUUGGAACGACCCGCCGCGAACGUGGGCGCCGUGGAACGAACGCUGCCUGGCCACGCUUGACCGCCUCGUUGAAGUCUUUUCGAUCGUGUACGAACUGAACGCAGGGCUUGACACAACAACGGAUGGAGUCCUCUGCGGAAGAUACCCCGAGGACAUAUACAAUGGAAAAGAACAAUCUGUUGGUCAUCCUUGGUUCAUCUGCACGCACGCCGUUGCAGAAAUUCUUGCCCUCUGCACUAUGCACUUUACGCGCUUCCGCACCAUCACGCCAACCACUCACUCACUCCCCUUUUUCCAGCGCUUCGAUCCUUCCGUCCGAGCUGAUUGUACUUACAUGAAAGGUGCGGCCGACGGAAAAUUCGAAGCCAUCUUGAAAGGCUUGCGCACCAUGGCUCGCGCUUACCUCGAUCACGCCAGGAGCUAUGCCGGUCCCGAGGGCAGGAUGGACGAACAGAUUGAACGCACAAGCGGAGUCAUGCGAGGGGCGAGGGAGCUUACAUGGUCUUAUGCAAGCUUGUUGUCCGCAUGGGACGCCAUCACGGAGGAAAGUCCCGAUCUCAAGUAGAGGGUUGUGUAUGCUACAGUGUGAUUGCACGUUAUUUGCAGUGCCUAGGGCGCCCGAAUUUAGUUCACCAAUCGUCGCCGUCAUCGCUGUCUCUCCUGUAUUCGUGUCCGAGUCCAAACUCGUCAUCGUCGCUGAUUUCCUGUUCGGGAUAGUCGUUCCUGUAGAAAUCCUCGUCAUUCGAGUCCUCAUCUUCACCUUCGUCCCAGCUGUCGAACCCAUCACCAGGCUUAGCGCCCAAACCCAACUUGCUGC